UGUUUCUGGGGGAGGAGGAGCGGAAGUGCACACAGUUUCUUUUUUCUGUAGUGAUGGCGUGCGGUGCGGUGGGUCGCUUGCGGUUACCAUGGAGUGGUACGAGGUUUAUAGCUACAGCACCUUCUUUUCAACUGUCAACUACUGAGGCAGCUAAGAUGCGAAAUGAGCUCUUUGACAGAGAGAAAAAGAGGCAGCUGUCACUUAAUCCGAGAACUGAGAAGAUUGAAGUUAAACAUGUUGGAAAAUCUGACCCUGGUGCUAUAUUUUUGAUGAAUAAGAAUCUUUCAACUCCUUAUAAUUGUGCCAUGCAUUUAAGUGAAUGGUAUUGCAAGAAAUCCAUUUUGGCUCUUGUGGAUGGGCAGCCCUGGGACAUGAAUAAACCUCUGACCAAGUCAUGUGAAAUUAAGUUUCUCACUUUUAAAGAUGAAGAUCCUGAGGAAGUGAACAAGGCCUAUUGGCGUUCCUGUGCCAUGAUGAUGGGGUGUGUGAUAGAAAGGGCGUUCAAAGAUGAAUACACAGUUACUUUAGUCAGAGUUCCAGAAAUUCCAGUGGUUGCUGGAGCCUUCUGUUAUGAUGUCAUUUUGGACAAAAGACUUGAUGAAUGGAUUCCAACACCUGAACACCUGUGUUCUUUCACAAAGGAUGCUCAUGCUUUAAUUAGUAGAGAUCUUCUGUUUGAAACUUUGGAUGUUGAAGCAAAAUUGGCAUUAGAAAUCUUUCAACACAACAAGUACAAAAUGCAGUUUAUAGAAGAGAAAGCAUCACAGAAUCCUGAGAGAAUAGUAAAAUUAAACAGAUUUGGUGACUUUGUGGAUGUUAGUGAGGGUCCCCUCAUUUCAAGGACAAGUAUUUGCUUCCAGUAUGAAGUUUCAGCAGUUCAUGAUCUUCAAGGUGCCCAACUAGAUCGUCUACGAAGAUUCCAGGGCCUUUCUUUACCAGUUCACUUAAGAGCGCAUCAUACUAUAUGGCACAAGUUAUUGGAAAGAUCUAGGAAAAUAGUAACGGAAGAUGAAAAUAAAGCAACGGUGGAAAAUGCAGCCGUUUGAUCAUUCCUGAAUUGUAAAAAUAUUGACAAUAAAUUAAAAUUUUAAAGUAUUUUUAUAUUUGUAUGUGAUUGCAAAGAUGAAAAUGCUUAAACUGAAUUCUGUAUUGUAGUACAGUGGAAAGAGCGCCGGAUAUGGUGUCAGGCCAUACUUAAUGUCUGUGUAGCCUUAGCUAUGUGACUUUCAUCUGAACCUCAAUUUUCUCAUUUGUACAGUCAAUGGGUUGCAGUUUAUUUGGUGUUCUUAAACUGGGGCCCAUGAACUUGUUUUUGAAAAAAUAUUUUGAUAAACUGUCUUUCAAUUUAGUUGGUUUCCUUUGUAAUCACAAGCAUAAACAUUAUUAUGAGAAGGGAUCCAGAGCCUUCACAAACUGCCAAAGAUGUUCAUGACACAAAAAAAGUUAAGAACCUCUGCAUUAAAUGCCCUUUUUUGGAUUUUGUCAGGCUCUAAAUCUAUGAUUCUGUUGCAGUAGGAUUUAUGCUUCAGUUAUCAGGAAAAUAAAUGAAUAUUCUACCUUUCUUAAUUGAGAAUAUAUUUUAAUUGAUUUAUUAAACAUAAACAUGGGAAUAAUAACUAUAUGAUAAGACUAUGAAUAAAAUAUGAAUACAUUUUAUUAAUAUUAUAUUUCAGUUAAAUAAGUUGAACAGUUUGUACCCUCAGCUGAGUUAAGUAGUAAAUCAUUAUUUAAAUGUGUUUUUUUCCUGCUCCUUUUUAUAUUCCUUUCCAGAUUAAAAUUUUCUCUUAAAGAUACUGUCAUUUUCAUUAACUUUUAAAUAUAAUUUUUGUUUCUUAGUGUCAGCCAUGUUGUGAAAAAUGACUUGUUUGGUUGUUUAUCAAAUUUUAUAAGUUGAAUUAAGAACUUUUUGAGAAAAAAUGCAAUAGCUUAAUUCUAACUUUAUAAUGGUGAAGAUAGACAGUUAA